AUGGCCAAUGAAAAUAUUAUCCUUCUUGUCUCUCUUGCUGCUAUCGAUUUUUUCUAUUCUUUAUUAUCAAUACCAUACUUAAUCGUCUUAUUCAGUGGAUGGGUUCCGAACGGCGAAGAAUAUCAUUACAACGAGUAUUUAAUACUCGGUUUUGGUUCCGGUCCGGCAUCACUCAUGAAAAGCGGUUGUACUAUAACUACUUUAAUUGCAUUAGAUCGAAUUUGGGCAUUAUGGGCUCCAAUGAGAUAUUAUUCAUUGAAUAAAAAAUCCAUUUUAUUUGGUGGCUUUGUAUUUUCACUUUUGAUGGCAAGUUUUGAUUUAUCUUUAAUAUUUGUUUUAUCAGAUGGUAUUAAACCAGUAUCCGGCUGCAAUGGUUUUCCUUGUUUUACUUCUAAGACAUUUCGUACCUACUGGGGAAUGUCCAAUAUGGUUGUCAAUUUACUGUCGUGUUUAUUGACUAUUGUCGUUGCAAUAUUGCUAAAAAUGAGAAAAAUGCGAAAAAAAAAUCGCAAAAAUUCUUCGAUUCGAAAAAAAGAAGACAAAUGGGCAAGUCGCGCAUCAUUUUAUAUUCUCAUCGUAUCGGCAAUAUUUGGUGUCGUUCCAGGCGGAAUAAAUGGUUGUGCGCAAAGAUUUCAAUCAGAUUUCAUUAAAGCAUUGGCAUUUUAUAUUCAAUUAUGUGCAUCGAUUAGCGGAUUAUCGCAUGCAUUCAUCUUCGGGAUGGCUCAUAGUCUCAUUCGAAAUCGAAUCAUUGUGAUGUUAAAACUAAGCAAAUAUUUCAAAAAGCCGCCACCACCAAGAUCUCAGAAUUCCGUUUUUCCAGCGACCAAUCUAAAUUAA